UUGGGCCGAUUCUGGUCAGUCGUUCAUUUUGAUUCCUGGCCGAUUCCUCGUUGUUGGGGAGAUACAGGAUAUUCGUUUAAAGAGUAUAUUAAGUAGAACGUAAUUAGAUACAGGCUAAAAUAUGUAAUGUUUUUUAAAGAGAAACGGCGCUGGCAGACAGGAUUUAGUUCAUCCCGGUCUCUGGCCCACACUCCAGUACAGGAGGGUGCGGUAAUGCACCAUACCGUUGGACGCCAACCACCGAUGAACCCCACCGAAGAAGCGGCCAUUUUGUUAGACGUUUGACGGCUAGGGAGAUUAGCUGACGCCUUUCGUAUUGUUUUUUUUUUUUUACCUUACCCUCACAAAUUGGAGGUGUAAUUACACUGGUUCUUAUAAUUGAUCAAGUAUAAUUUAUUUUGCGAACAGGGUCGACCUCGUUUUUAAAACCGUAAAGAAGUUAGGACUAUUUUGUGUAUCAUAUUCGUGCGAGAUCCUGCUAACCAUUCAUGUUGCAAGCGUGUGCGGUGUUUAUUAGCCAGGAACACAAGGCCUUUUCAGCUCUCAUGGCCACCAUCUAUCGAUUUUUUUAAACAGCUGUCUGCCCCGUGAACGCACAAAUUAUCAAAACUUUUAUCUUUCACCCAAUUUGUAUUACCCAAAUUAGAUUAGACUCCUUGGAAUAUCGCUUUGCUAGCUGGUUUUGCUAGCUAAUCGACAGAACCCCGCGUGCGCCAUUAGCUGUGAAUUAGCAAUUAGCUAACUACUUCCUAAUCUAACUUUGAGACCAUGGCAGAGUUGUACAUUCGCGUGGCAGAGGACGAAAACGAAGAGCCAAUGGAGAUCCCAUCGGAGGAUGAUGGGACUGUUUUGCUGUCAACGGUUGCAGCCCAGUUUCCCGGAGCGUGCGGCCUACGUUACAGGAACCCUGUGUCUCAGUGCAUGCGAGGCGUCCGUCUAGUUGAGGGUAUCUUACAUGCACCUGAGAAUGACUGGGGUAGUCUGGUGUACGUCGUCAACUACCCAAAAGAUAACAAAAGGAAAAUGGAUGAAAUGGAUGCUGCCUCUGCGGUUAAAAUGAAGAGGAGUAUCGAGAAAACAUCAGACCUCAUUAUCCUUGGUUUGCCUUGGAAAACGUCUGAGCAAGAUUUGAAAGACUACUUCGCCACUUUUGGAGAAGUCAUCAUGGUGCAGGUCAAAAGAGAUGUUAAGACUGGGAACUCAAAGGGUUUUGGUUUUGUUCGGUUCACUGAGUACGAGACUCAAUCCAAAGUGAUUUCUCAGCGACACAUGAUUGACGGAAGAUGGUGUGACUGCAAACUACCCAACUCUAAGGCAGGUCCCGAUGAGCCCAUGCGCAGCCGUAAAAUCUUUGUUGGCCGCUGCACAGAGGACAUAACCACUGAUGAGCUCCGGCAGUUCUUCAUGCAGUAUGGAGAGGUCACUGAUGUCUUCAUUCCCAAACCCUUCCGGGCUUUCGCCUUUGUGACUUUCGCAGAUGACCAGGUUGCUUCAGCCCUGUGCGGAGAGGACCUGAUCAUCAAGGGUGUCAGCGUGCACAUCUCUAACGCUGAGCCUAAGCACAAUAAUAGUAGGCAAAUGAUGGAUCGUGGGGCUGGUGCGUUCGGGGGCCAGGGCUAUGGCGGUGGUCGUGGAGGGAUAGGGAGCAGUGGCAGUAGCGGGGUGAAUUUUGGGGGGCUUAGCCUUAACCCAGCCAUGAUGGCCGCCGCUCUGCAGAGCAGCUGGGGCAUGAUGGGUAUGCUUGCUAACCAGCAGGGUCAGACCAAUUCGGCAGGUACUGCCGCAGCCGGGCAGACCAAUGCCACCCGAGAUCAGAGCCAGGCCUAUAGUUCUAAUAGCACCAGUUACAGCAGCCCCAGCUCAGCUAGCCUAGGGUGGGCUGCAGGCACCAACUCUGCCUCCGGCAGUGGCUUCAGCUCCGGAUUUGGCACCUCUAUGGAGUCAAAAUCAUCAGGUUGGGGAAUGUAGAAAACUUUGAUUUAAAGUCCUAUUUCUAGAUUCAUCUGUUAAGUAUUUUGAGGGGCAAGAAAGAGCUAGUCAUAUCUUAUGUCCCUGCUAUUUAAAACUAUAUUGCCUUUCAUUUUGUUAAAGACAUUUGACUAUUCAUAUGUUUGUGUGUGUGACUAAUUCUGUAGGAAAUGAGUGCACAGAGUGGUUGAAGUGUAUAGUUCUUUAGGGGUAAACUGCUACACUAAAUGUCUUUUUUUUUUCUUGAGAAAAAGUUAUUUAGUUUAAGACGUGACAUGAUGACUCUGCAUGCUAAGUAGAUAUUUCUGAGAUGCACGAGUAAUCACGAAAGCCCCCCUAAACCACCUGUAUAUGGUCUUGAAUUGGGCUUGAGGUUUAAUCUCUGUAUGCAGUUGAUUCUUUUUUUUGUUUGCUGUUUUAUGGAAAGCCUUCAUGAAAAUCUCUUCAACAAGUUAACUGUUCUUCUUUUUUUGUUGUUGUUGAAUUUCCUGGAAAGAAAGCCCCUCAUUGGCAGCAAUGUUUGACCAAACUCAGUAUCAGUACCCCUCUUCCCAUGUGUAAAUGCUUUGCCAUCAAAAGACACAGCUUCACUCUGCAUAUACUGUGUUAGACUGUGGGUGUUGUCUUUAUCUCCCCUUUUUAUGGAUCAAAACAUCUUGUCUGCUUUAUCACUUGAGAACAAAGCGAUUGGUAGUGGCAAGAGUGAGAGACUUGAGUGGGAAAAGCAGUGUGUAAAGGACUGGUUGUGCGAUGCUGAAGAGCCAGAUGUCUGCGAGAGUUGAGAAGAACCUGUGGCUUUGUGCGAGUGUGUUCCAUAUGACCAUCAAAAGGACAUUCAUCGUAUCUUGAGAUCCCGACGGUCUCCUUUCUCUAUUUCUAUCAAGCUUAAUCUUGAACACAAUGGAAUGUUUAGCGCUAUGAAUAUUUGUAUCCUUUCUUGCUGUCUGAUUUGACGUGGAUGCUGUAUGGUGUGUGUGCUUCAUUUUCUUCUUGUUCCUACCCCUUUCCGUGUGAAAAUGUGACCUGCUGUUGGUGAUUGUCUGUGUUGAGAGCACUGGGGGAGCUUGGAGGAUUGUGAACUCGGUGUGUCUUAAGAGGGUGAAGUGGCAAGCGUUUGACGAGCUAUUGACAUUUUGUGUUAGUGUUUUUGAAUGCAUUUUAUAUGUUUUGUCAAUCAAAGGGAAUUCUCAAAUAAAACAAAAUUUGACCAGG